AGAUCACACUAGCCAAUCAGGGCUCCCAGGCGGACUGCCAGUCAAAAUCGAAAAUAGGGCGGGCACUUCCGGUCUGCCGUGCGGCGCGCUCCGCCGCACGUGAUCUGAGGGAGACUCUCGCGUUCCGUGUUCUGCGCUGUGACCCGCGGUCGGGAGCUUUGAGGAGAGCGGGGCGAGCUCGGAACCGCCAUGGAUGCCGUGACCUAUGAGAAUGUGCAUGUGAACUUCACUCAUGAAGAGUGGGCUUUGCUGGAUCCUUCCCAGAAGAGUCUCUACAAAGAUGUGAUGCUGGAAACCUAUUGGAACCUCACUGUUAUAGGCUACAAAUGGGAAAACAAGAAUAUUGAAGAACAUUGUCAAAGUUCUAGAAGACAUGAAAGGUAUCUUCAAACACACAAAGGAACCCAUAAUGAAGAAGAUCUCUGUGAAUAUAAUCAGCGUGAUAAAGACUUUAGAUCUGAUUCCUCUUUACAAUUACACCAAAGAACUCAUAUGGAAGUAGAGCCCUAUAAACUUAAUCAAGGUAGAAAAGACUUUGCAUAUUUCACUAGUCUUCAAUAUCUUGAAAACAUUCAUACUGGAGAGAAACCCUAUGAAUGUAAUCAAUGUGGUAAAGCCUUUAUACAUUUUAGUCGUCUUCAAAACCAUUACAAAAUCCAUACUGGAAAAAAACCCUAUGAAUGCCAUCUAUGUGGUAAAGCCUUUGGAAGUCGCAAUUAUCUUAAAGUACAUGGAAGAAUUCAUACUGGAGAGAAACCCUAUGUAUGUAAUUGGUGUGGUAAAGCUUUUAUGUAUUUAAGCAGUCACCGAAAUCAUGAAAAAUCUCAUACUGGGGAGAAGCACCAUGUAUGUAAUCAAUGUGGUAAAGCCUUUGCAUGUCGCGGUGAUCUUAAAACACAUGAAAGAAUUCAUACUGGAGAGAAACCCUAUGUAUGUAACCAGUGUGGUAAAGCCUUUGCACGUUUCAUUCAUCUUCAAAGCCAUUUCAGAAACCAUACUGGAGAGAAACCCUAUGAAUGCCAUCAAUGUGGUAAAGCCUUUGCAAGUCGCCAAUAUCUUAAAGUACAUGGAAGAAUUCAUACUGGAGAGAAACCCUAUGUAUGUAAUUGGUGUGGUAGAGCUUUUAUGUUUUUAAAUAGUUACCGAAGUCAUCAAAACUCUCAUACUGGGAAGAAACCCCAUGUGUGUAAUCAAUGUGGUAAAGCCUUUGCAUGUCGCAGUGAUCUUAAAACACAUGAAAAAAUUCAUACUGGAGAGAAACCCUAUGUAUGUAACCAGUGUGGUAAAGCCUUUAUAAGUCGCCGUAAGCUUCAAAUACAUGAAAAUACUCAUACAGGAGUGAAACCUUAUGAAUGUAACCAGUGUGGUAAAGCCUUUGCACAAUUCAUUCAUCUUCAAAACCAUUUCAGACACCACACUGGAGAGAAACCCUAUGACUGCAGUCAGUGUGGUAAAGCCUUUGCAAAUCGUGGUUCUCUUAAAACACAUGAAAGGAUUCAUACUGGAGACCAACCCUAUAAAUGUGAUCAAUGUGGGAAAGCAUUUCCACAUUUCAGUCGUCUUCAAAAUCAUUAUAAAAUCCACACUGGAGAGAAACCCUAUAAAUGCAGUCAAUGUGAUAAACCCUUUGCAAGUCACAAUUAUCUUAAAAUACAUGAAAGAAUUCAUACUGGAGAAAAGCCCUAUGUAUGUGAUAAGUGUGAUAAAGCCUUUGCACAUUCUAGUAGUCUUCGACUUCAUGUAAAAAGUCAUACUGGAGAGAAGUACCAUGAAUGUAAUCAAUGUGGUGAAGCCUUUAUAAGUCACCGUAGUCUUCAAAUACACCGAAGAACUCAUGCAGCAGUGAAACCUUACAAAUGUAAUCAAUGUGGUAAAGGCUUUACAAGACACAAGAACCUUCAAAAUCAUGAAAGGCGUCAUACUGAAGAAAAACACUAUAUAUAAUUGCUGCACUGAAACUUUGAAGGUCAGUGUAAUCUUCAAACAUAUCAAAGAAGUAAUAGUAAAAAGAAAUCCUACAAAUGUGAAUGUGAUAGUACAUCUAUAUGUUACAGUGUUCUUUACAGUAUUAAGAAUUACUCCUAGCCGGGCGGUGGUGGCGCACGCCUUUAAUCCCAGCACUCGGGAGGCAGAGGCAGGCGGAUCUCUGUGAGUUUGAGGCCAGCCUGGUCUAGAAGAGCUAGUUCCAGGACAGGAACCAAAAAGCUACGGAGAAACCCUGUCUCAAAAAUAAAAAAAAAAAAAGAAAAGAAAAAAAAAAAAAGAAUUACUCCUGAAGAAAAACACCGUGAAUCUAGUAAAUUCAGUAAAGCUUUGCAUACCACAUACAUUGUUUCCACUGAGCAGUCUCACUGGUGCUCAGAUAGAAUUAGUAGAACCAUUCCAUCAGUCAGAUAUUGGUUUUUUUUUUUCAAAUUAUAAAUAAAUUGUCAUCGGUGGAUAGAGGAACACAGAAUAAUUCGAAUAAUAAAACCUAUUUGCAAAUGAAAAUGGUAUUUAUCCUGCCAUCCAUUCUUUUGAAUUCUGUUUAUUCUAAACACUAAAUGUUGUAGGAGGCUGCUUGUUCGUUUCCUGGCAACCCAGACUCCUAAAAUAAGCUCACAGAAACUGUAUUAGUUAAAUCACUGCUUGGCCCAUUAGCUCCAGCUUCUUAUUAGCUAGCUCUUACAUAUUAAUUUAACCCAUUUCUAUUAAUCUGUGCUUACCAGCAAAGUUCUGUCAGGCGGGGGCUACAUGACUUCUCUCUGACUCCACCUUCUUUUUCCCAGCAUUCAGUUUAGUUUUCCCAUCUAGCUCUGCUCUACCCUAUCACAGGCCCAAAACAGCUUCUUUAUUAACCAGUGGCAUUCACAGCAUACAGAGGAAAAUCCCACAUCACUUCCCCUUUUCUGUUUAAAUAAAAAGGAAGGUUUUAACUUUAAUAUAGAAAAAUUAUGUAUAACAAAGCUAUCAAGCAAAGAUUACAGUUACAAUAUUUAUAUUCUAUCUUUUAUCAUAACUAAGGAAAGCUAUAAUUAUAUAUUCUUCAACUCCAUCAAAGACUCCAGAAGGAUAUAAUAUUACCUAAGUAAAUAGGAAGUACAUUGUAAGCAUCUUCCAAAACUCUAGAAUUGACAGAGACAUCUCACUGCUUGGAUAGUUGCCCGAGAGAAUGUUGAGCACCAAAGACACUCUACUUGGAGCUUGUUUUCUUCUUGGCAAAACUGACCUUUGUGCAAGGAACUGCUCAUGCAUCGGCCUCUGACAACAUGCACGAUGUCCGGACAGGACAAGCAGGAUACAAGAAAAAAAAGACUGUCAAACCUUGACAAGACAAGGUAAAACGGUUUUGAAAAAAUUCCUGCCUCUGAAAAUGAUCUGUCAGUUACUCUAGGGCUUAGCCAAAGUUGGUUGCUCCAAUGUUGCAAAUGAGACUUUGGGUGAUUGCCCAGGUAGCCAGUUGUCUCUGUCAUUUGUUGCACAUUUUGGGAGUUGCUUGAUUGCACUUCCUGCUUACUCAAGUAAUAUUAUUUCCCUUCUUGGGUUUGGAUGGGGUUGAAGACUAGAUAGUUGUAGUUACUUUCCUCUCAUGACUUGGCCAAGUUAUUUAUAAUAUAAGGCUUAAACUCCUUAGGAUAGUAUAAUUAUUGAAACAUUUAUCACGUUUCUUGCUUGAUAUUGUUUUUAGUGGUUGUAAUUCUAAUUUUUAUACCUGAUAUUCUUUUUGUAUUAGGCUUAGAACUCUCUUAUUUAAACUAAAGGGGAGAUGCUGUAGGAAAUCCUACAGCCUUUAAAUUACCCGCGCAGUAGGGCGUGGCCUCUCAUAAAUGCCUGUGGAAAGUGUGCCUUCUCUCGCUCUUCCUGCUGCUGGAUUCAGUUCCUGUUCCCUGUUCAUGCAGAAGACUGUGAUCUGUGAGUCUAUCCCUAAGUAAAUAACCCUUUGUUAUACUCAAUUCUGAGCUAGAGUGGGAUUUCUUUUUAGUGUCCAUCUUCAACUAAAGGCUUGUUCCUAAUACUUUCUCAGAAACACAAAUGGCAAAGAAUUGUCUCUGUGAGUAAAUGUGGCAGAGAAUUGUCUCAGUGGGUAAAGGUCAUUGCAGCUAAACCUGAUGACCUGAGUUCAGUCUCUGGGAUAUAUACUUUACACAUGCCAGUGUUUCUGAUUCAUGUUAAGGGGAUGUGUUACAGCUGUAGAGUUCCAGAAGAUAUCCUGACUUACAGGGAAGCCAGGCUAUAAUUAGAGCCGCAAUAGUACAGGUCUGGAACCUGGAACUGCAAUAGGGGUAGAGUCGCAAUAGGACAGCUGAGGCUGGGGUGCAGUGGGGGAUGUUCUCCCCACAGGAUAUAGCAGUCCUGCACUUCUGGAGAGUCACUACAGCUGAGCUCUGCUCUUUGUUUCCUGAAGGGAACGUCCUAGCAGAGGUAUCUGCUUCUUCUCCAGUCCAAGCUGUUUCUUUUUUUGCUAUAGGAGAAGCCCCUGCAGAAAUGUAACGAUCUCCUCAGGCUCCAGUGAAAAGUUGUUUCUUUUUUCUGCUCAGCCUUGCUCAGGCCCCUUAAGGAGCAUCCUAGCAAGGUUCUUCUGUUCUACUCCACCUUGCUUAGCCCCCCAAGGGAACAUCUCAGCAAGGUUUUUCAGCUCAUUCCCCUAAGGGACUUCCCAGCCAGGUUCUUCACCCAAGACUUUUGAGAAACAAAUUUAUUUGGGAAGGAGUCCAGGAGAGUGGCUGCAUCUGCCAGGGAGAGAUAAACAGUGGCCUUUAACUAAACAGGCAAGGCAAAGAGGCUUAUUAGGACUAGAGUUUUCCCAGGCAGAAGAGGGAUUGGUUAGUUUUGUUGGUAAGGGACAGAGAUGGCUCUGACUUCAUGGUCAAACUGUGUUUCUUUCAUUGGUCCUUUUUAGCUUUUUGACUGGAAUCUUAGGACCAGGGCAAAUUUCUUUAACUGGUUCUGAUUCUAGGGACAAAGUUUUUUUUCAGAUUCAGGGCACGUGUCCUGGGUUCAAGGAUAAAGGUGUUUCCCCGGCCCAGUUCUCAGAUCUAGGAUGUGUUUCUUUCACUGGCUCUGGGUUCAGAGUUAGGGUACUCAGUGAUUGAUUGGUUUCCUGCUCCAGUUGUCCCUUUUACCCUAUAAUUAUUACUGUUGGGCUGUGGCAUAUGUAUGUCACACACUCACAUACAUGAAUAUUUUUGUAACUGAAAUAAUGGCCAGUGAGGUCACUCACCUGUUUAAGGCACUUGCUCCCAAACUUAACUACCUCAGUUUGUUCUCUAGUACUGACAUAGAAGAAGUAGAGAAUACACACCUGUAAGUUGACCUCUGCCUGUCACAUGCACAACAUGGUACAGGUGUUUGCAUACUGUUAAAAAUUUCUAAAGAAAUGAAAUUAACAAAGCAAACAACCAAAAUAUUGAGCACAUAGGAAAUGAUUUUCCAGUUGAAAUUGAUACAUUGUUGCAUUCCAUGACAUGUCACUGUUCAACAACAUGACAGUUUCUGUUUAAAUCUUUUAUGCCUGAUUCAAAGAUAGGUCAUUUUAUAAACAUAUCAAGUGGGCUUAGUAGUGCAGUUUGGAGACAGGCAAAUGGAUCUUGCUGUGUUUGAGGCUAUCAUGGUCCACAUAGUGAGUUCCAGGAUACUCAUGGUCAUGUAGAGAGAUCCUGUCUUAAUCAACAAGAAGGGAGGUCAAGUUCAUGAAGAUGAAAUCUACAGAGAAAGCUGGGAACUCAUGAGCUCUGGACUGACAGUUGUGCACCCUCGAAGGGACCAAACUAGGCACUCUGUAUAUAGGAGACAGUUGUGUAGCUUGGUAUAUCUGAGGGGCCUCUGGCAGAGCUUUAUUCUCUAUGAUGGGAUGUCAUGCUCAGCCUUAAUGCAGGGCAGAGGGGCUUGGUCCUGCCUCAACUUAAUGGUCCAGGCUUUGUUGACUCCCUUUGGAACCCCUUACCCUUUGGGAGAAGUGGAUGGUUAGGGGGUGAAGAGGCAAGGGGGACAAGAGGAAGAUUGGGAGGGAGAACUGUGGUUGGAAUGUAAAAUGAAAUUUUUAAAAAUAAAAGUAUAGCAUAAAUCAUGUGGAAAUUUUUUCUAACUUAAUCUGGAGUCAUCUCUGCUCAACCCUUCAUUAUCUUCACUCACAUCAAGAUGUGUAUGUUAAGAAUGGCAAUAAGCGCCAAGUGGUGGUGGCUCAUACCUUUAAUUCCAGCGCUCAGGAGGCAGGUGGAUCUCUGUGAGUUCAAGGCCAGCCUGGUCUACAGAGCAAUUUCCAGUACAAACUCCAAAGCUACAAAGAGAAACCCUGUCUUGAAAAGGAUACAUGCAAAGUCCAUUCACAGAGGUAAAGAAAUCCAUUGAAUCAUUCAAAGACCAUGGAGCAGGGCUUUUCGUCACCUCCAAGUGAGAGAAGAUAGGCGUCAUCUUCAUCUUCAGAAUGUAAUAAUAUAUUUAGGUAAUGGACAGUUGUCUCAGCACUUCUGCUAUUGGAUACCCACUUUGGGUUCCUACUCAGAACUACCUGUAUUCCAGAUCCAGGAAAUCUGAUGCAUUCUUGUGGCUUCCUUGAGUACCAGAUAUGCAAAUGGUAUAAAGAUAAAAUUUUAGAUAUUUUUAUAUAUUUUAAAUUUCUCAGUUAUAAAAAGCUCAAAGAAAUCCCUUUUAAAAAUAUGAAGUCAGAUAGAUAGAUAGAUAGAUAGAUAGAUAGAUAGAUAGAUAGAUAGAUAGAGUUUAAAUGUGUGAGAGGGAAAGACUACAUAUUAUAGAAAGGGCUUUCUUUGUGUAUAUUUUUUUAUAAAUUAAAUAAAAAUUUGAUUUAGGUAUAUUGUCAGAAUAUGGUCCCCAGAAUGGAAACUAAGAUUUCUAAAUGCUUGGAAGAACACACCCAAGAAUACAAGAGUCUUAUGACCUCAGUUUCUUCAAAACACAAAAUCUUGGAUUUUUUUUUUUUUUUUGCGUGUGUGCAUGCUCCUCCCAGGUGCAGAAAAUAAGAGUGAGUUUACUUCAGAUUACUCAUUAUUGCUUGCUGUUGUUAUUCAAUUAAAUGUUUCAACUAUCUUUUCUAUGCCUGUAUGAAAAAAUGUGUUUCCAUAUCUGGCUUGUUCUUGUCAUUGUAUACAGUUUGAAGUUAUGAGAAGUUUGAAGUUAUACAUUGACUGCUUUUGUUGUUGUUGUUUUGACUUUUUGAGACAGGAUUUCUCUGUGUAACAACACUUAACUGUCCUGGAACUAACUCUGUAAACCAGGCUGGCCUCGAACUCACAAUGAUCUGGCUGCCUCUGCCUCUCAAGUGCUGGGAUUAAAGGUGUGUGCCACCACUGCCCUUCUUAACUCUUAGUGUCUUUUUUGUAGUAUAGUUUUGUAGUGUAGUUUAUUGGUCCCUAAAUGAAGUUGUCUGUUGUGAGAGACUUUAUUCUGCCUCAUUUACUGGCUCCAUUCUUCCAGAUCCCGUCUAGAACGGUGAUGAGUGGCACCUGAGCAGGAACCAGGUUGGCUUAAAAAGAAGAAAGUGGGAUUCUCACAGAAGAUGACAAUAAUGGGGCAAAAGCCAUGAAAGACUUUGAUUUUCUCUAACUUGUGAAUCACUUUUUUUUUUUUUUUGGUUUUUUGGUUUUUCAAGACAGGGUUUCUGUGUAGUUUUAGGACCUGUCUUGGAACUAGCUCUUGUAAACCAGGGUGGCCUCAAACUCACAGAGAUCUGCCUGUCUCUGCCUCCUGAGUGCUGUGAUUAAAGGCGUGCACCACCACUACCCAGCAAUGUGAAUCACUUUUUUAAUGUGCGUUGGUAUUUUGCCAUGGGUGUUGGGUCCCCUAGAAUUUAAGUUACAGACAGUAGUGAACUACCAUGUGGGUGUUGGGAAUCAAAGUUGGGUCCUCUGGAAGAGCAAUCAAUACUCUUAACUGCUGAGCCAUCUCAAGCAUUUAAAGCACAAACAUUACAACCACAACUAUUCAGCUGCCUGCAAGUUACUUAUAAUCCCUGGUUUCCAGAAGAAGAAACUUAGAUAAAGUAUGGGACACAAUCUAAAAUAAUAUUGAACAGAACAUGAACUAGGUGAAAGGCCUUCUUUCAGGCUUCUAUUAUUCAAUAUGGAUGAUAUCUUGUUAGUCACCUCCAAAAAGGAAGAGCUACAAUCCAUGACUCAGGACUUGCUAUGUAAAAGUGGGCUCAUCAUUAUACCAAAAAGGUACAUAGAUUAGAUAUUGUGCAAUGUUUGGGACAACGGGUUACUAGAACAAAUUUUAGACCACAAAAAAAAAAAUCCAUAAACAAGACAAUUUAAAAAUCAGUUAACGUUCAGAAAUUGAUAGGGGGUACCUAAUUGGAUACAUCCUACUUUAGGAAAACUAAAACUCUAGAAGGUGAGACAUCAUUACAUAUAUGUAUAUAUGUGUAUUAUAAUUUAUAUAUUAUAUAUAUAAUAUAUAUAUAUAUAUAUAUACACAUAUAUUAUCUCCUGAGGCAAGAAAACAACUAUAGCUAUUUGACUCCAGACUAGAAGCAGCAUUCGUGUAUUGUGAGGAUCAUUUGAUGACUAACUGUCUGGUUUUCUGCCAACUUGACAUGAGCAAGAGAGAGGAAGGAGCCUCAGUUGAAGAAAUUCCUCAGUGAGAUCCAACUGUAAGGUAUUUUCUCAUUUACUGAUCACUGAGGGAUGGCCCAGCCCAUUGUAUUUCCAUCUCUGGGCAGGUUGUCAUGGCUUCUAUAAGAAGGUGGGUUGAGCAAGCCAUUGGAAGCAAGCCAGUAUCAGCACCCACCAUGUUCUCUGCAUCAGCUCCUUUUUCUGGGAUCUUGCUUUGUUUGUGUCCUGACUUCCUUUUGUCAUGAACUGAAGUGUAAGCCUAA